GGCGGUGAACUGUUGCGAACAACUUCAGCCUUCAGCGGGAGCGUCCGAGGCCACCGGGAGCGCGCUUCAGGCCAAACCGUCAAAGGACCCGCGCGGUCGCUGCCGGCCGUAAGUGCUGACCAUGUGCUGAGUGUGCCGUUGUGGUUGCCGCUAUCGCUGUACCGUGCGAUCACCGCCAGUCUCAAGCCAGUCUCGAGCCAAGCAAGCAACAGCCCACCAAACCGUCGGCCCGUGUGGCGAAUGGUGCUGGUUCCGGGGCACGCCUGGUACGGGCAAGCCGGUGUGCAGUCGCGAAUCGGGGUAACGCGAAACCAAAACAAGCAAACAGGCGGAGGCGCGCGCGCGUGAUACCACGGCGGUUUCGUGUGGGGUGGCCGUAGGCGCGCGUUGCUCUCUGCCCGUACCACGUGAGUGCGGUGCGUUACACCUGUAGCAGAGUCGUCGUCGUCGGCUGUUUGUUUUCUUUUCCGUAUUGGUUGGUGUUUGCAAAAACAAAAGGAGAAAAAGUGAAGCACAAAGUCGAGUCCAACGGUCCCAAACGCUAUCGUCCAUCAACCGAUAUCUUGCCUUGUUGUGGGAGCGUCCCAGAGUGUCCAAGAGGUAAAGCGUAGGCACACCAGGCACAACACCGAAUCGGCCGGAAUCCUUCCAAAUCCUACCACACAAACACACACACACACACACACACACACACACACACACACACACACACACACACACACACACACACACACAAUCUGUUGAAUUUUGUGGCACGAAAGUGAAAGUUGGGCUCCAACUAGCAAACGUCUUCCCAGCAGCAAAGCCGCGCGUGUCCCGUCCAAAAGCGACGACCUCCGAAAGCAACAGGAGAGCAACCAGAAACAGAUGGUGUCUGAGCCACGGGCCACGCACUAGCCUGCAGCACACACACACACACCACCACCACCACCAUCCACAUUCCCAUAUGCCAUUGCCGCCCGCGAGCUUGUUUACCGACACCAACGUGCCGCGACCACAUAUCAUUGCUGGCUCCCUUUCCCCGCACUGGGUCACGUACCGGGGCGCGAACAAAACUUGAACUGAUUAGAACGCAACCGUUGGAGCGCCUUUCGCACCAAACCGCGUGGAUAAGCGACGGAGACGGGAGAAACUCCAAAACUUUCCACCCCGCACACACUGAACCUGACGCAAGUGACGCAUCCAGGCGGGCUUCGGGGCGAGCAUUUUUCUCCCCCGUACCUGCGAAAAUUGGUAUAGAAAUGUGUUGAUAACCUCUCCGUAGCGGGCGAAAAGGGAAUUGAAACCGGCUGCUCGCCACCGCCUACUAAUCACCGCCUACCGCCUAAGCGCGUGUGUAUUCUUGGAUCGAGUAGGUAGAAGACGAACACACUCACACACAGUAGCGCCUCCCUUGCAAGGACCUUUCCAUACCACACAAACACACAUAUCAUAGCUGCGUGCGAAAGGUUUCGGGGAAAAACAAACCGUUCUAUUUAGUCUGUUGUGGUAAGCCGUGCAACGAGGAGAAGAUUUUUUUUACUGUCGAGGCCAGUAUCAGUAGUAGUUACGCGUUAAGUGGACAAUAUCAUCGCCUCGAGACACCGCACCACCGCCAGUGCCAGAGAGAAACAGGAAAAACAACAACAACAACAAAAAAAACAAAAAAAAACGGCUUGCUCCAAGUACCUCCAAUCAAACGAGCAUCAUUUCCCAACGAUCACACACACCACACACAGAGAGACACACGGAGGACACAAGAGACGCUCUGAAAAGGUGGCGGGUCGGUCGACGUGCAGAUUAGCAGCAAUCAUCAACCAGCCGGAGCAAUCUGUCAAUCUAAUCCUGCGAGCGCGCGCGCGAAUAGCGUCCUCACAGUUGAGCCGGGGGGAAAUUAAAGCUCGCCUCGAGUAGUCGCUUUUCCCGGGCCUCGGUUCGGCCCGAGCUCUUCAUCACUGAAACGCAGACACCUUUAGCUGGCCAAACAGCGCACACCGAAGACGGGAGAGAUGAGCAGUUGCGUCUACCGUCCAGCACGGCUGCACCAGGACCAGGAUACCGACCGCCAUCUGCAUCCGCAGCGUACCAGCGCCAGCCUGAACCGUUCGCCAUGGUACCGUACCAGCUGGAAGUUCUUGCCCUCGUUGCCGUGCUAAUCGGCAUCAUCGUCAACUCCUACAUCGUCGUUAUCGUUAUCCUUACGAAACAGAUCACGUUCGCCAGCAAAAUACUGUUGCUGCAUCUCGGCGUAGUGAACGCGGUACUAUGUCUGUUCUAUCUGAUCUUCUACGGCAUGAGCCUGCUCCAGCUGCUGCCGGUAGCGCUGGACGCGAUGGAUGUCGCCUGUCUGCUGUUCGGGCUCUGCUUCAACACGCUCCACUCGAUCGCACUCUGGACGCUCUGUGCACUGAACUUCGAUCGGUACUUUGCGAUCGCGACGCCGCUACACUACGGGACGUUCAUCAACACGAAGAAGCAGGUCCUGAUAACGCUCGGUGCCGGCUGGAUCGUCUCGACGCUGUUCAGCCUGCCGCAGGCGGUGCGUAUCUCGGCCUAUAAGUUCGACAGCGACUACAAGCUCUGCCUGCCGAUCCUGCAGACGACCGAAUCGCUCAUCUACAGCAUCUGCUUCGUACUGUUCACCAUUCUGCUACCGAUAGUGCUGAUACUGGGCUGCAACAUGAAGGUACUGAUGAUCGCCCGUUACCAGCGCAAUCGGAUCGCGUCCGCCAUCCUAGAGGUGACGCUGUCCGCCCAGCUCACCAUCACUCACCAGCGCAAUCCGUUCUUCGUGCCGAGCGCGACCGGUGCCGGUCCGGCCGGUUCCGGCCCGGUGGCCGAAUGCAAACCGUACACGCAAGCCUCGAACCAGAACAAUCCGGCCGCGAACGUGAUACAGCUGGUCGGGUCCGCCAUCCUGUUCCACUGUCCGUACUACCUCGUGAUCCUCUGGAACAGUGUGCUCCCGUUCGUCGGCAAUGGGUGGCGCACGCCCGCCCUGCUGCUCAAUCUGGCCUCCUUUCUGCUGCUCCUGUCGCCGACCAUCAACGCGAUCCUGUACGGCGUCCGGAGUAAGAUCGUGCGCCGCUCGUUCCGCAACAUCUGGCGCAAGCAGAAGCAGAAGAUCGAAAUCCACUACGAAAUCCAGGCGCGCACCCCGUCGACCUGCGGUUCGCGGCGCCCGUCCCUCAGCGGUACCCAGUUCCAGCAGCAGCAGCUCCAGCAGCAGCAGCAGCCGCUGCUGCUCGCGUUCGCCGCCGAAACGAGCCGGCCCGGUUCGGCCGACACCCGGUCGGAGGUGGGCCUGGAGCCGCCGGACGGCGGUUCCCUCGAGGCACCGUCGCUCCAGUCGCCGCUCGGGCGCGUCAAGUUCGGCAGCUGUUCCGCACUGAGCGGGCCGCUGUUUGUGGGCGGUGCGGCACCGAGCGCACACCACGGCGGCAGCGCCGGACCACGGCCAAAGAUCACCAUCACGAAGAUACUCACGGACGAGGAGCUGGCGGUGCAGACGCCACCGCCGCCCCCGUCGCCCAGCUCGCCGACCGCGUUCGAGUUUCACCAUCACCACAUUGCGGCGGCCGCCGUCGACGGUGGGCGGCUGCCGGCGGCUCUGGUCGCCACGAUACCACCGAUGAUUAGCACCACAGACAAUCUCAGCGUCGCUGGACAAUCAGGUGCCAAGCUGCACCCCGCCGCACCCCUGUCCGCCGGUCUAGUCUGUCUCGAGCCGAAGAUAUCGUUUCGGAAGUUUUCCUCGCUGCAGGAAAUUUUAGGCAACGGGACAGACUAGCAAGGGUAACCGGGCGAGACGGGCGCGGCCAGGUGAGCUAUUAUACACCUACCCUCUUAUACUAUACACGUAGAGAACAUAGACAUAUAUACAUAUAUACCUAAACGUAUAUACUAUUACACGUACCAUUUAGAUGUGAAGCAAACAUUUACACUGCUGCGCAGGGGGAGAGCUUGCGCACUCACCGAGGCCCACCCUGGUGGACCGAUUAAGCAGCUCGGUCAAAAAAGGAGGGUGUGGGGUGUAUUUAGCAGGGAGGCGCGACAAGCUUGAUGCCUCCUUUAAAAAAACGGAAAUAUAUGUAAUGAGAUGAAAAACUGCAGUACAGUGCGGUUACGAAACAAAAACGAUAAAAAAGAAGAAAAAAAAGAAACAAACAAACGAAGUAGAAGCACCCUUGCAAACAACUGUUAAACUGUUCUAGAAGAAAAAAAUACUUUCUUCGCUCGACGCUUUGAAAAACAAAAAUAAAAAAGUAAUGAAAAAUUAUAUCGCAACAAUUAAAACACUAGAGACACCCCAUUUGCGGGGUGAGUGAUGGAAACGAAGGAAUUUAAACAAAACCAGAAAAAAAGAACAGAGAAACUUAAAACCACCCACCCGAUCAGAGCCCACACGUGGUAAACGAAACAAUAUUUAAGAAGUAAAGAGGAUGGGGAGAGAUAGAAGCUCGUGGAGUAUAUAUUUCAUUGCACGUACAAAUCAUGUUUGAAACUUUAGGACAACAGCAGCCGUUUAGCAAAGUAGUAGCGCAAAACCAAAGCAGAAAAAGGAAAGGAAGAAGAAUGAAGUAUUCAUGAAGAGUAAUGAAGUAAAAACGUAAAACGUUGUACAAGACCUAACCAAAUAAACCAAAGGAAACUAAACUAAAGAGAAAGAAAUAGAGUAAAAGAGAAAAAUAAGAAGAAGGGAGGAGAGAUAGAGAAAGAGAGAGUGAGUGUGUGUGAGAGAGAGAGAGAAAGAUAGAGAGAGAUAGAAAGCAAACGAAAUGCGAGGUUAUCAGCAAACAAACCCUCCUAGUUCACGUCAGAAUAGAGUUUAGGUUAUUGAAUGCUGAAAAAAAAACGGAACGGAAGCUAGAGCUAGGGCAUAUCGCUGAUAAUUGAUGAAUUUGCAGGUCAGGUUGCCCGGUCCUGCCAACUUUGCUCCAUAUAAUGUAGCAAAAAAAACCACCAGAACAAAAAAAACUAAAAGAAAACAGAAAAACCGAUGGAAUAAACUACAAGGAAAUGUUUUGUGUUAGCUCAUA